AUGCAUCGAACUAUAAGAAGGUCUCUAAGGCCGGUAUUAAAUUUAAAGCAAUCAACUCCCGAAUAUAAAAGAAAACAAAAUAAAGUUCGUUUAAAACGAAACAGAAUCAUACGAGUUAAUCAACUAAGUCAAUUAAUAAUACUUUUAAUACUAUUGCAAACCACUGAAGCCAAUCGUCCACCAAGGUUUAUCAUAGAGGGACAAUCGGAAAUUGUAUUGAGAUUAAAAGAAAGUCCAGAAACACAAGUGGGCACUUUAAUAUACACCCUCAAAGGUUUUGAUCCUGACAAUGAUCCUUUAACAUUUGGCAAACGUCCUUCGCCCGACAGCGAAGUCAUACGCAUAGAGAACAAGGGUUCCAAUGAAGCCUAUGUAUAUUUAGCCAAAGAACUAGAUAGAGAAACUCAGGAUGAAUACUCUAUAGUUUUAACAUUAACCGAUAAUCAUUACAACGACUUUAAUUAUGUAACACAAAGUUUUUUACUUCUUGUAGAAGAUAUUAACGAUAAUGCUCCCAUAUUUUUACCCUACCAAAGUGCUAUUGAGAUACCUGAAAAUAGUGCUCCAGGCAUUAUAACAUCACUGGAGGCGAUUGAUGCCGAUGAAGGCGCUUACGGUCAAGUGGUCUAUUAUUUGCAAGAAUCCGAGGGCGAUAAUGAUGUGUUUUCCAUAACUACUAAUCAGGGCAAAGGAAUUUUAAGUCUUAUGAGUGGCCUGGAUUAUGAAACAAAAGCUUUGUAUCAGUUACGUGUGCUGGCGGUGGAUAGAGCCAAUCAGGGACCUGUUAACACAGGAACAGCAGCUAUAUUGAUUAAGGUCAAAGAUAUAGAAGAUCAGCCACCGGAAUUUGUUAAAGUUCAACCGGUAGCUAGAAUUGCAGAGGAUGCGCCAGUGGGUACUAAGGUAAUGCGGGUUUUAUGUGUGGAUGGCGAUCGUGGCAUUAACAAUCCCAUAGCUUAUGAAUUGGAAACCAAUGAGUUGUUUAGCAUAGAACGUCAUACCGGUUGGAUCUAUACGAUACAUGAACUUGAUCGUGAGGAUCCGAUUAAUCAAGUUAAUGGUGCUUAUAUUUUAAAAAUAACAGCUGCAGAAAUAUCAAAGACUGCAUCACAAUUACCUCUAACCAUGACAUCGGUCAAAACUGAAGUUACCAUAAUUGUAUCCGAUGUAAAUGAUGAAAUUCCCACGUUUGGUGAAUCACUGUAUCGAUGUGAAGUGAAUGAAAAUGCUCAAGCUAAUACCCCGCUAAACUUCAUCGAUGGUGAUGUCAGACAUUAUGUUUUUGAUCACGAUUUGGGUAACAAUGGCACAUUUCGCUUAUUUUUGGAUCCACAAAAUGAUAUCUUUGAAAUAGUGCCCGAUAUAGCUGUUAAUGAGGCUAGUUUCAUGAUAAGAGUAAAAAAUCCAAAAUCUUUAGAUUAUGAACAGUUAAAGGAGAUCAAUUUUACAUUAUUUGCUCGAGAAGUGGACGAACCAAGUCGUUAUUCAUCGGCCCAUGUGCAGAUUUUUAUACGCGAUCAGAAUGACAACUUUCCAGAAUUUACACAAUCCGUUUAUAAUGUGUCUGUAGCGGAAAAUAGUGAAAUGGGUACAAAUGUGGCUAAAUUGGUGGCUUACGACGAGGAUUCGGGAGAUUUUGGCACAAUGGGUAUUAGAUACAAAAAUUUAAGAGGCGGCAUAGCGAAUUUAUUGCAUUUAAAUGCCAUUACCGGUUUGGUAACCAUAAAACAACCUGGUGGUUCAGCUUUUGAUCGGGAAAUAAUCUCGCGUCAUUAUUUAACAGUAGAAGCCAUUGAUAAUUUGGGAAUGGGCAAUCGCAAUACAGCUCAGUUGAUCAUAAACAUAGAAGAUAUUAAUGAUAAUGCUCCCACUUUUUUACAAAGGCAAUAUGAAACUAUCCUUAUGGAAAAUAAACUGGAAUUUGAGCAUUCUUUACAGCUGGAAGCUCGCGAUAUCGAUCUAAAUGGCACGGAAAACAGCCAAAUAACUUAUGAAAUUGUCGAGGGCAUGUAUCGCUCUAACUUUACCAUUGAUCCUGAAUUGGGCAUCCUAAAACCCUUGAACACCUUUGACUAUGAAGAAUUGGUGGAGCAUAAGCAAAAUUCUCAGAGACGUUUCGGUGCUAAUGAAGAAAACGUAGAUGAUAAGGGUGUAAGAUUAUUAGAUUUAUUAGUGAGAGCCCGAGACUCUGGCAUACCAAUGCUGUCAACUGUGGUGCCUGUAUUAAUUUAUGUUCAAGACAUCAAUGAUAAUCCUCCGAUAUUUCAUAAGAAUUUUUAUUCAAAAAAUAUUCCAGAAGAUUUGCCUGGUGGCAGUUCUGUCAUGCAAGUAACAGCUGCUGAUCGUGAUGGUUCCGCUCCCAAUAAUGUUAUAGUUUAUCGUAUACAAUCUGGCGCUAAGGAUAAGUUUGUUAUUAAUUCGGAAACUGGUGUGAUAUCUGUGGCUCAAGGUGCUAAUUUGGAUCCGGAUUUGACGGAUAACAAGACAAUGGAUUACUCUUUAACAGUGCUCGCCAUAGAUGGUGGCAUCGGUAACACCCAACUGAUGAAUUCGGCUACAGUUAAUAUUACAAUCAAGGAUGUAAAUAACAAACCUCCCAUACUGCCCGAAUUACCCACACUUCACAUUAUGGAAAAUACUCCCGUGGGAACUGAAAUCUAUAAAACUCAAGCCAAUGAUUCAGACGAGACACCCAUAAUACGUUAUAAAAUAAAUCCUCUCAAUUCCGAAGCACGUAAUGAGGAGGGAUCUGUAGUAAAGUUAGCAGAAUAUGAUUAUAUAUCUGCAUAUGAUUUAGAUCCCAUUGAUGGUACGUUGCAGGUGGUCAAAGUAAUCGAUCGUGAACGAGUAGAACAUAUUAAACUGGCCAUUAUUGCAGAGGAUCUGGCAGCGGCCAAAGGUAAACAAAUUGUUGAAGGUUUCCUUAACAUACAAAUCGAAGAUGAAAAUGAUAAUAAUCCCAAGUUUAAACAGCCCUUCUACAAGAGAUCCAUUACCGAAAAUAGUAUGAAUGGUGUGUUAAUAACCAGUGUUAUAGCUUAUGAUAUAGAUAAGAAUCGUACUAUAACAUAUAGUCUGGAGGGAAAUCCGUUAAUACGCCAAUUAAUACACUUAGACUCUCAUACAGGCGAAUUAGUGGUGGCUAAUAAAAUUGAUCAUGAGCAAUAUCAAUGGUUGAAUUUUUCCGUUAGAGCUACUGAUUCUGGUGUACCGGCCAGAUCGUCUUUAGUCGAUGUUUUUAUAACUGUUUUGGAUGAAAACGAUAACAACCCGUAUUUUAUUGGUGGAGCAAAGAACUAUAGCAUUAGUGAAUCGGCUGUGGUGGGUACUAGAAUUGGUACUAUACAGGCGGCCGAUGCCGAUUCAGGGGAUUUUGGUAAAAUUACCUUUCUCAUGGAUCGCAUAAGUUCGCAGGGUAAAUUCUCUAUUGAUGCUGAUACCGGAGUUUUGACGGUUACCGAUGUAUUGGAUAGAGAAACUAAGGAUUUUUAUAUGCUUGUGAUAGAAGCCUGGGAUAAUUAUCAAUUUGGUUUUCUGGCAGGAGAAAGUAGAAAUGCAUUUAAACAAGUUUUCAUAACUAUAUUAGAUGAAAAUGAUAAUACUCCUGAGGUUUUUAUGCCCUCGGCAUGUGUUUUAAUAACAGAAUAUCAUGAGCUAAAUGAGAAAAUAGCCACAAUCAAAGGCAAAGAUUUGGACGAUCCUCAAACACCGAAUGGUAGACUAGAAUUUAAAAUAAUUAAAGGAAAUAAAGAUGAAUUAUUUGAACUACGACAAAUUGAUGCCUGGAAUGCUUAUGUAUAUGCUCGUUCCUCUUUGCGCAAUCGUUAUGGCAAUCACUCCCUAUCUAUUACAACACGAGAUUUGGGUGUGCCCUCCAAUAUUGUAACGAAAACAUUAGAUAUCUGCAUUUCGGAUUUCAAUGAUCAUGCUCCCGUUUUUAUACAACCUUUGCAUAAUACCACUGUUAGAGUUCCAGAAAAUACCACUGUGGGUUCUUUAAUUCUACAGGUUUUGGCCACGGACGAGGAUAUUGGUAUGAAUGCUUUGGUACGCUAUCGUUUAAAACCCGAUCCCUUAGGUAGUUAUAAACUUUUUGAAAUGGAUGCUGAAUCGGGCCAUUUAUUUUUGAGAGAGUCCUUGGAUCGCAAUAAGCAGAAGAUACAUGAGAUCAGAAUUGAGGCCUAUGAUCAAGGACUGCCAACAUCUUUAAGUGCUGAUUUGGAUUUAACAAUUUACAUACGCAAUGUCAAUGAAUAUGAACCACAAUUUAUAGUUGAUGAAAUAUUUGUCAAUUUUACAGAACAUUCUGAUCCCGGUUCCGAACGUGUUAAACUUCCCGAUACCAUAGACAAAGAUGAAGUCGAUGACUUGGAUGAUCCACCAAGUCAAGUGUGUUAUUUCAUUGUCAGAGGCAAUGAAGAACAAUUUUUCAAUUUAGAUCCUGAAACACAUAUACUAACUACACAAAAAGAAUUGGAUCGUGAAGUCAAAGCCUGUUAUCAUCUCUACGUAAGAGCUACAGAAAAUUGUAUAGAACAAGAUAAUUCCCUAGAACUUGCCAUGAGCAAGAAAAUGGAAAUAGAAAUUGACAAUGAACCUUUGAAACCUUUUAGUCGAAGACAAGGUGGCUUUUUACGGAAUUCAGAAUUCUAUGAUCGUUAUAAACACUCUAGAAGUUUAAGAUCGAUUAAGGAGGAAUUAUUUCAUAAAGAAAACAAUGAAGGCUCGCUAAAUGGUUCAUUGACCAGUGAGGAAUUUCUAAUGUCUGAUAGUACUAUUGUUAGAGUGAAGGUAAAAGUACUGGAUGUCAAUGAUAAUCCUCCCAGAUUUCGUACGAAAAUUUUCACCGGUGGUAUAACAACAAAUGCAGACUUUGGCACCAGAUUUAUGCGCAUAGAGGCAGUGGAUUUAGAUGAAGGACUUAAUGCUAAAAUAAAUUACUAUCAAGUGGGUGAUAUAAGACAAACAUUGUCGGAGGGUUUGGAAAAUGUACGCAGCUCACCCUUUCUGGUGGAUCAAGAAACUGGAGAAAUUCAACUGAAUUUUGAUCCUCAAAAGGGCAUGAAAGGAUAUUUUGAUUUUAUGGUAUUGGCCAAUGAUACGGCUGGCAUGAAAGAUGUGGCUCAUGUUUUUAUAUAUUUAUUAAGAGAAGAUCAAAAAGUUAGAUUUGUAUUUCGUUUGCAACCCAAUGAAUUGAGAAAUAAAAUUGAUGUGUUCAGAGAAACUUUAAGCAAUAUCACCGAUACCAUAGUUAAUAUAGAUGAAAUUAAGGUUCACGAAAAUAAGGAUGGUUCGGUGGAUAAAACCAAAACCGAUUUAUAUAUGCAUUUAGUGGGAAAAGAAGACAAUUCUAUAUAUGAAGUGGCAGAAGUUUUAAAUCUGAUUGAUUCCCACAUAGAGCACUUGGAUGAGCUGUUUAAAGAACUUAAUGUUUUAGAUACCCAAGCGGCUGAAGCUCAAUUGUUGCAGUCCGGACCUCAGGUUAAUGCCAUGUAUGUUUGGUUGAUAUUUACCAAUCUUUUUUUGGCCACUCUAUUGGUGGUUACUUUGGCUUUAUGUGCUUCACAACGAAAUGGCUACAAACGCCAAUUGAGAGCGGCAAAAGUAAAUAUAUUCCGUAAGUUUAAAAACGACGUAAAGCUUAAAAGAUUCAUAUAACUUUGUGUUAAUAUUACAGGAAAUUCUUCUUUAUCUUUACAAAAUCCAAAUGAACCCACCACCCGAGUACCUAACACCAAUAAACACAGCGUGCAGGGUUCCAAUCCCAUAUGGCUGAAAGGCUACGAAAAUGAAUGGUUCAAAACUGAAGAAAAUUUAAGCCAAAGUGGUCAUGAUUCUUUGGAUGAUAAUUUUCUGGCGAUUGGCUCCCAGGACAUACAUGAAACUUUAAAGGGUACUGCAAAAUUAUUUAAUCAUACCAAUGAUUUGAAUCGUCAUUUUAAUGUCUAUAAUCAAAUAGACAAACUAACAAAUAAUGCUCAAAUAUUAGCAAGGAAAUUAGAAACAACGGAAUUAUAAUUUA